AUGGCACCGACACCAAAUCAGGCCCAUACACUUGCACUUCUAGAGCGGAUCGGAGGCUGCUUAAGUCUUAUCGCCGUUUUCUUCAUCUUCAUCGCAUAUGGGCUUAUGUCGCGUCUUCGGAACCCUCGGAAUACCUUUAUUGUCAUGGCGAGCAUCGCUAACCUCGGCGCAAGUAUCGCUUGUAUCAUCGCCAGGGAUGGACUUGCAGCUGGCCAAGAUUCCGCGCUCUGUAAGGCGCAGGCUUUUAUGCUUCAGAUGUUCAUACAGUCCGAUGCAUGGUGGGCUCUUGGAAUGACUAUCAAUACCCUUCUAGUUGUCCUAGGUCGUACGAACCCUAAUACCUUCCAUGCGUGGCAGUACUGUCUUAUCUGCUUCGGAGGGCCAUUCACUAUUGCUUUUACAUUGCUUUUCAUUUCGACACCAGCUCGUGGUCCUGCUUCUGGCCAAGCAUAUGGCAUAGAUAUGGUGCGCCGUUAG